ACCGGUAACGCGGUAACCGUUCGUCACGAAAUAAUUUUCACAUUUUUCGAUUCCCCCUUGUGGAAGCAAUUUUUUUAUUUUAGCAUGUGUAUCGUUCAAAAAUAAAAAUGUGUAUCGUCUGGUAUUAAAUUGUGGUGAUUUCCAUAUCAACUACUAUAAAUUAUAAAUAUGAUGUGUACACCGAAUUGUAUUAUCACGAACGCGCAAUCUUGCCAAUUUGUCGGAAAGUUUAAAAGUUGAUGAAACGCUCUGGGGCUGGCCGAUGCUAGGUUGUUAAAAUUUGCUUAUAAUAUUAUAUUGUUGUUAAAAACAAAAACAUCUUUUACACCUGUUCUGUAAAUCUUGUUUUUGUCGAAAGUGAAAUAAAUUGCGCUAAAUGGUAUUGUCCACUCGUCAGUUACUUAAAGCCUUGUUGCCCAUAAAUUCAGGUACACAGUAUCUGUCGAACGUCGUUUGGAGCAACUCUAUUCUCUGUCCGCACGAUGGUGUCUGAUCCGAUAAUCAAUCAGAAGCAUCCACUUUCAGAGGAUGAUGAGAAUAUUGUUACUAAAAAACUAUGCAUAGAACCAAGAGUCAAAAGAAAAAAAUGUGCCAUAUUAUUGGCAUACUCUGGACUAGGAUAUUUGGGUUUACAGAGAAAUAAGGGUGUCAAAACAGUUGAAGAAGAAUUGUUGCUUGCAUUAAAAUCAAAAAAUUUAAUUACCGAUGAGGGUUUUGAACAAAUUCAAACCAUGCAAUUUCAACGUGCUGCUAGAACUGACAAAGGAGUAUCUGCUCUGCGACAAAUAAUUUCACUUUUAUUACCUGAAGAUGUAGAUAAACAAGUUAUUAAUACAGCUUUACCAGAGCAAAUUAGAGUUCUAGACAUUAGAAGAGUAACUAAAGGUUUCAACAGUAAAAAUUCUUGUGAUGGGCGAACAUAUUCAUACACUUGUCCAACUUUUGCUUUUGCACCAACAGAAGCUACCAUUGAUUUUAGUUAUCGGAUUGAUGCCACCGUUAUUGAUAGAAUAAAUGAAGUAGUUAAGAGUUUCUUAGGAUGCCACAACUAUCACAAUUACACUUCUAAAAAAAAACCAGGUGAUCCAAGUGCACAAAGAUACAUGGUUAGUUUUUACUGUGAUAAACCGUAUGAAAAAGAUGGUGUUGAAUUAAUAUCACUGUAUGUUAGAGGACAAAGUUUUAUGCUUCAUCAGAUUCGUAAAAUGGUUGGUGUUAUUAUUGCUAUUUGCCGAGGUGUAGCCAAGCAUGAUGUGAUAGAACGUGCAUGGCAACCUGAUCGUCUUGAUUUACCUAUUGCUCCAGGUUUAGGCUUGGUAUUGGAAGAAGUGCAUUAUGAUAAAUAUAAUGGAAAAUUUGGUAAUGAUGGUAUGCAUGAGCGUUUAGAUUUUGUUGAGCUCAAUGAUCAAGUAUCUGAAUUUAGAGCUAAAUACAUACUUCCAACUAUUAUCAAAGUAGAAAAAGAAGAAAGCUCUAUGCAAUUAUGGCUUGAACAGCUACCAUUACAUACAUUUGAAGUACGUACAGAGCACCGUCACUUGCGAACAGAUGUUAACGAAAUAAAUAGUCCUGGAUUAGCAUCUUUACAGGCAGCUGCUGAAUUAAUCGAAAAAGAGGAACAACAUGCUAUUGAUACAAAUGGAGAAGUACCACCUGAUAAUCUUUCUACACUUGCAGAUGCUGCUCAAGCAAUGAGUACAGAAAAUAAUUAAGUUUGUAAGUUGAUUGAGAAAGAAGUGUACUACAUUAUUACUAGUAUAGAUUUAAAUAUACAAUAAUUGUUAUUAAUGAAUGGUAGCAUCUAGUGUGAACAAAAAAAAACAAAUUCAACUUCAGAAUAUUAAUACAAAUAAUAACAAUAACUUUAAAUUUGGAUAAAUAGCAUCAGUAAUUGAUAAUUUUAUUAAAAGAACCACAUUAAUUAAGGUUGGGUCAUGUAGCAUCUUAAUUUAAUUCAUCCCAAUAAUAAUUGGGGAACAGUUGCUGAAUAUGGAAACUAGUAAUUCCUCAAUUUUAUUAGUAGUACUGAUUUUGAAUGCCCUAAAGUCAGGCAUCCAUUUUAUCAUUGAAAAGUAAAAAAAAAAUGCAUGCAAUCACCAUAAUUUCUUUACCUGAAUUUUCUAUAUUGGCCCCUAUUAUAUGUGUACUUCUUAUUUUAUUUAUAUUUUAUUCAACAGAAUACAAAUAUCUUUUAUUUUUUUUAUUUUGACUUCAAUAUCCAUUUUUGUACCUUGAUUUGUAUUUAGGCACGUUUUCAGAACAGGAUGGGGGUUCAAGAUGUUUUUAAAUUAUUCUUUGGUAGGUACUUCUUGGGACUAGUCCACCAAUUGUUGAAUAUCUGAUAUAUUACAAACAAAAUAUCUCCAUAAAUUUUCCUUAACAAUUUCAUCAAAACCUUGCAGUCCACAACAAUUCAGUAAUAUAAUUUUCAUCAAACAUCUCAUAUUUGAUGGUUUUCUGUAUAAUACUUGUGUCGUCAAAGGGUUAAGUACCAUUUAUUUAUAUCAAUAAAAAGAUACAAAUUUAAAUAAUUACUGUUACUCUUGUAACUUAUUGCAUAAUAAUAUCAUAUUAUGUGAGUUUUUUCUGAGGACAGCAAGAUUUUGUCAAAAAUUCUUAAGAAAGAUCAUGUGUAUGCCUAGCAUGUCAGUAUUAUACGAUCAGGAAUAGUGCCAAAAAGUACAAUACAAAAUAAUAUAUCUAGUACUUUUAUGCAGCUAUCUCAGUAAAUAAGUGUUCUAAAUAAUAUGCUAAAAUACAAAUUCAAGAGAUUCACAUAAUGAGUUUGAAAGAUAUUCAAAACAAUUAGGCAACAUUUUAAUAAAAUUUGAAUUCACAUUUAAAAUAAUUAUAACUUAUAAAUAUCUUUUCCUAAUAUAAAUGAAAUAUUACAAUACUGAGAGUUAUGAAAAAAGAUAAUGUGUGACAUUUAAUUUUACUUUUCGCAUGUCAAAAACAAGUCUUCUAGAACCUUUAUUUUGAGCAUUCAAAACAAGUGCUUAUUUAAAUAUUUGAAAAUAAAAUAUAAUUACAUCCAUACCAAUUAUAGUUGGUACCAAGUUGCCGAACAUGGAAAUUCAAUUUGUUCUGGAACUGUGUGCCAAUUAUCAUUGAAAUGCAUGUACCUAUGUAACAGAUCUGAAAAUGAAGUAAAAUUCACAUUCAAUUUUUCUCCUGCUGUUGAUAUAAUUUCUUUCUCUUAAGUAACUAUCCUUUUAAACUACCGCAAGAAGAUAAUUUAACUAUCAAUUACUGAUUAUUAUUAUUAUUAUUGACCUGAAUUGAAAUGUAAUAUAUUUUAUAAAUAUUUAAUUAUUAUAUAAUAUGCAUAUAAUACAAUUAACUGUAAGGAGUAUAACUGUUGUUUUUUAUGAUUAAACAUAAAAUGUUCCUAACUAAAUUAAAUUGUCGCAAAAUAUAAUGUAUAAAUAUUUAAUAAUAAUAUACUCUUUGAAUUAUUGCAAUUUUCUGGAUGUUGGUAAUUAAUGAUUUCAGGUAAAUUUUAUAUGUAUAUUUGUAAUCAAUGUUAUUUUUAAUAAUGUUCAAACUGUAAGAAAUGUAUCAAAAAUA